CCUAAGGAGUGAAGGUCGCACGCCAGAGCGUAAGUUUUUCCCUUUUAGUGUAAACCUGUACUGCACGAUCUCCAUACGCCAUCUUUCGGGUCUCUGAGGUUCUGCGGGCAUAAUAUUCCAGCUCCCGGCCUUUCGCUCCAAGUAAAUCCGGAAGUCGCCGUUACAGGAUCAACCUCCAAAGACUCAACGUUGUCUGAGGAAGAAACCCGGAAAAGGAAAGAAAAGGAAUAAGAAAUGGCUCUUUCUCAGGAAUGGUUAACCUUCAAAGAUGUGGUCAUUGAAUUCUCUCAGGAGGAGUGGGAAUGCCUGGACCCUGCUCAGAGGGCCUUGUACAGGGACGUGAUGUUGGAGACCUACAGGAACCUGCUCUCUCUGGAUAUCUGUCCAAUACAUGUGGUCAAGCAUUUACAACCCAAAGCGAAUGGUGAUACAGGAGAAGUAUUCCAAACAGUGAUCUUGGGAAGACCUAAAAGUCGUGAGAUCAAGCAUUUUUACUUCAGGGAAAUCCAGGAAAAUGUGUAUGACUUUGAGAGUCAGUGGAGAGAUGAUGAAAGAAAUGACAAAGGAAUGCCUGUAACCCCGAAAGGAUAUCUCACUGAUGGAAGAGAUGGACAUGGUAGAAGGGAUGCAGGAAUCAAGCCCAUUGGAAAUAUGCUUGGAUUAAAUGUUCAGGAUAAGCUGCAGGUAGUUCAAACUGAUGGGAUAAUUUCUGAAUAUAAUGAAGUUGAGAGGUCUGUCAACAGUAGUUUCUCAUUUUCACCACUUUCACCUCUUAGUGUCCAAACUAAUGUUUCUAAUAUAUAUGGUAGUGAUUUUAUGCAUCCUUUAGUACUGACACAAGAUCAGAAAGCACACAGAGAAAGAGCAUUCAGAUGUAUUGAGUGUGGGAAAACCUUUACUUACGGCUCAAUUCUCAGGAAUCAUCAGAUAAUCUAUUCAGAAGAGUUAUUACAGAAAUGUGAUGUAUGUGUCAAGGUCUUUAGUACACAUUCACACCUUGCAGUUCAUCAGAGAAUUUAUACUGGAGAGAAAUCUUACAAAUGUAAUGAGUGUGGCAAGGUCUUCAGUCAGAAAACAACCCUAGCAAAUCAUCUGAGAAUUCAUACUGGAGAGAAACCUUUCAAAUGUAACGAGUGUGGCAAAAGCUUUAAUCGAUACUCAAACCUCUCUAGACAUCAGAUAAUUCAUACAGGGAAGAAAUUAUAUAAAUGUGAUGUCUGUGGCAGUUUCUUUAGUCGAAAAUCAAACCUUGCAGAUCAUGGGAGAAUUCAUACUGGAGAGAAACCUUAUAAAUGUAAUGAUUGUGGCAAGCUGUUUAGUUAUAGUUCACACCUUUCAACUCAUCAGAGAAUUCAUACAGGAGAGAAACCUUACAAAUGUAAUGAGUGUGGAAAAUUCUUUAGUGAAAAGGCAACACUUGCAAAACAUAAAAGAAUUCAUACUGGAGAGAAACCUUUCAAAUGUAAUGAGUGUGGAAAGGCCUUUAGUCAAAAAGCACAUCUUCAACUUCAUUGGAGAAUACAUACUGGAGAGAAACCUUACAAAUGUAACGAAUGCGGCAAGGUCUUCAGUCGAAAUUCACACCUUACAAGUCACCGGAGAGUACAUAUUGUAGAGAGACCUUUCAAAUGUUUUGAGUGUGGAAAAGCCUUUACUCAGGUCUCAACCCUCACUAAACAUCAGAAAAUCCAUACGUGAAAGAAACCAUCUAAGUGUGAUAUAUGUGGGAAGGUCUUUAAAUCUCACAGAACAAAAGAAACUAGACAAAUAUCAUGAGUGAGGCAAAGCUUUUAUGUUUAUAAGCCUCGGUUAUGAUCAGAUAAUUAAUAUGGGAUUGGACUAUAACAAAUGUAAUGAGUGUCUCAAAGUGUUUUGUCAGAAUUCAUAUCUUAGGGGACUUCCCUGGUGGCACAGUGGUUAAGAAUCCAUCUGCCAAUGCAGGGGACAUGGGCUCGAUCUCUGGCCCAGGAAGAUCCCACAUACUGCGGAGCAACUAAGCCUGUGCGCCACAACUACUGAGCCUGUGCUCUAGAGCCCGGGGUCCACAACUAAAGCCCAUGUGCCUAGAGCCCGAGCAUCACAACAAAAAGUAGCCCCCACUUGCCACAACUAGAGAAAGCCCGUGCGCAGCAAUGAAGACCCAAUGCAGCCAAAAGUAAAUAAUUAAUUAAAGAAAAAAAGAAUUCAUACCUUAUGAUCCACGAAAGAUUUCAUAUUGGAAAGAACUGUUAGAAAUGUAAUGAGUGUGGUAAGUUCUCCAGUGUGCUUUCAAGCCUAACUUGCCUUCAGAUGAUGUAUACAGGUGUUAACCCUUAAAGAUAUAAUGAAGGUGGCAAUGCUUUUAGCAGGCAUUCACAUCUUAGGCUUCAUGAUAAUAUUCAUACUCGAUAGAGGCCAGAUAAAUGAGUAAUAUUUAAUGUGGUCAGGCCAUUGAAAAUUCAUUCUACAAAGAUUCCUCACCAAUGCAUGAAUGUGAGAAAUCUAUUCUCAUGGCUCGUGUUCUACCAGUAAUCAGGUAGUCUGCACUGGACAGAAUAUUACAAAUAUACUGAAUUUUGCAAACAUUUUAGGUUGUGCCUUAAACUCAGGGAUCACCAAAUACUUCUUUCUUUAAAAUGCAACGAAUGUGGCAAAAUUUAAAAUAUUGCUCAUUUGCCCCUAAGUAUCAGGAUAUUUGUCUUGGAGAGAAACCACACAGAUGUAAUGUGUGUGGCAGGGAUUUUAUCCAAAGAUCACAAGUUGGGGAACAUACUGGAGCAAUAACUCACAAAUGCAAUGGGUGUGGCAAAACCUUUACCUUGAGUUCAAGUAUCGGGGAGCAGCAGAGAAUCCAUAUUGAAGAGAAGCCAUGGAAAUGUGUGAAUCGAGGCUUUAUCCAUGCUUCACUAUGCACUGGACUUUAGAACACACAUCUUUGAGAGAAACCACACAAAGCGAUAUGUGUGCUAAGGCUCAUAACUGAAGAACAAAACUGGAACACAGGAUUUAUGUUGGAGGACAAGAUUUCAAAUAUUACGAAUGUUGUAAAUGUGGGUACAUCAAGUAAGUCUGGUGUAAUGCAAGAAUUCAUACAGGUUAUAAAAUAUAUACAUAGAAACACUGUGAAUCAGUGUGGCCUCAGUGUUUAGCAAAAAGUUCAUGUUUGGGAGAAUUCUGACAAAUGUAACGAAUUUGUUGAAUUUUUUCAGCAAUUUUUUCAACAGACCACACAUCAGAGAAUGCAUACUGGGAAUGAAUAAGUCUGUAGUUCUCUGAGGUUAACCUGAGAUAUUAAAUACUGCAGAAUCAUUACGAGUAAUGUGUUAAAACUUACGACGUGUAUAUGAGAGGAAGAAGGACAUUUGUGAAAAUGGCCCAGUGUCUUCAGUGUAUAAAUAUUCAAUUAUUUGAGCCUUCUUGAAAAGGCUACAGUAGUAUUUUUGCUUUUCAAUUUGAAGUUUGAAGUAACACGGACUAACAAAUUGGAGUCCGUAUUGGACUUGUUUCUUUUACUUUAACAUUUGUACUCUAUUGCUUUUGGUAGAAAUAAAUCAGUAAAGGGAUGUUGCCUGUAAGCUUAAAUUAUCAUGGGCCAUCUCUGGGAAGCCUGCCUUCCUUGUAAUGAGCAUUAAGGUAAAAUACUGUUGUUUAGCUCCCAGGAAAUAUGCUGACCAGGCCCUCAUGUGAAUGGCUUCAAGAAGAAAGAAAUUAACACCACCCUUACUGAAUGCCAACAAAAAAAUCAGUAAAUCUAAGAAAAAUGGAAAAUUUGAUUCCAGCCAAAUUGGAGGAUGAUAACCUGGGAAGAGUGUCUAAGAAAGCUCUGAGAAUUAUUCUGCCCGUUAGAAAUCAAGGCACAGUUAUAUAAGUUUUCUGAGACAGAGGGCAGUAUGUCAAAUACCAUGUUAUUGGCAGUUUACAUAACCCAGAUCUAAGCAUCAUCGUGGUGGGUCAUGUGAACUCUUACAAGAUCAAGAAGGAAUGUUAUCUUUUUUUUUCCUUUUAAUAAAAAAGAAUUUUAUUGAGAUAUAAUUGACAUACAAUAA